AUGCCCGAGAACUUUUUCAUUACGAUCAGCGAUCCAGAUACGCCACCCAAGACGAAUACCCAGAAGCGAACGUCUCUAACGGUGGAUCGCACCUCACCCGAUUAUCCGCAUCCCUUUGGAAAGAUCCCUGCCUUGCUGGAUGGCGACGUGAAGGUCUUCGAGUCUGGGGCCAUCCUCAUGUACCUGGCAGACAAGUAUGGCGGCCUGGACACUCCAGCCAAGCGUGCAGAGGCUGGCAAGUGGGUGGUCUGGGCUAACGCCAGCCUGGAUCCCAUUUGCUUCAAGGAAGACGGCAAUGGCCGUGUGCUUGGCACUGGCUUGGCCGACGAUCCACCUCCGCUGAGGACGCUCGACGCCUUGCUCGCAGAUCGAGAAUUCCUGCUGGGCAAUGGUGAGGAGUCUUUCUCCGUCGCGGAUGUGGCUGUCGGGUCCUACCUGCUAUACGUACCAUUGUUUUUCCCAGACAUCAACACGCUCCCUCGCUGGCCAAAUGUGCAGCGCUAUAUGCUCCAGCUGCUCCAACGGCCUGCCUACGCCAAGGCUUUCGGCGAGGGCACGGCGCAGCAGCUGCAAAAUGUUGUGUCUCGCAAGGCCGACUCGAAGCUUUUCGGCCUCUUCUGA